AGAACGGAUCACCAAUCUGUCGUUCGUGAGAACUGAAGGAGGAUUUUCUUUCAUCUUAGGGUUUCCGGCACAUGAAGCACUUCGCUUGGCGCGGCAGUCUUGGAAACAAGCGGUGAGGAAGAUACCAGAAAAUGAUUGGGUAACACCGAAAUCUUCGGGGUUGUACUAUCACUGAUUUGGACACACAAAUUUAUGUUAAGCAUGGUUUCAAGUCGUGGAUUGUAGCCAUCUUUAGACGUAACCAUAACAAAUCUGAAGCUCUAUCUGAAAUCAGAAUUGUACCAGUUGACUAAAUUUCUUACAAAUCACUUUUAAGAUCGUAAGACUGCUCGAGCUACAUCAUCUAUUGAUCACACGUACAAAAACGUACCUGAUAUCUUCAACCUUUUUGGCGGGAAAGUUGAAUAAGGAGAUCAGAAACAAGGGUGAUAUUUCAAAACGGAAUAUAUUCGUUUCAAGGUUUAUGCACUCGCAAGACGUUGACAGAUAAAGGCCAAUUACGUUAUCCAGAUCUGACAACAUACACGCGCACUUUUUCGGUAUGAAUCGCAAGAGGAAAGCAAGGUAGAGAAAGCGAAAGGAAGAUUUUCAACUUGCCCUUCUGCAUCGUCUUGUCAUUUGGAAGUAAUUUGUGAGCGCCUGGAGCGACACAAGUGAGGUGCGUGUUUUGAUUUCGUCGCUGUUUCUUUCACUAUUCUUGUGUAGCACCUGUCUUUAGACCGCCACAUUUACAUUUCUCGUUCGCAAGAAUUAAGCCAUCCAGGCGGAAAUAUUAAGGAAUAUCGAGGGAGUGUGGAGGAGAAAGAAAGAAGUGAUAGAAAAGGUCCUCCAAAAGGGAUCCUACUUGUGAAUUUCUUGUCCGUGACUACGUAAUAGCGCAACGCAAGCGCUCUUGCAUAAAAUCGGGCGGAACGCCUGCAUGCAUCUUGCGCCAGAACUGUCCAGCAUUCGGGUUUUGCCCCUUACUUUGAGAGGUGAUUGUGAAUUGUGAACAACGAUUAGCAUUCGAUUGCCGUCGAUAGGAGCCUCCGAUUUCUACGCAUGAGCGACUUUGUUUCAUCUUGCAUCAACUACGUCCGAAUCAGUUUAGUCGUUGUCAUAGUAACGGAUUUACCCGAACGAGAAACAGUGUUCAGUCAAGAGAGAGAAUUUACUCGUUGAGAAAAGCAUUUUCUUCUCCUUCUUGAAAAAAUGUCAUCGCAGCAUCAUUUUCGGGCGCAAUAUUAUACCUUUCACCGCAUUUAUCCUUACGUUCAUAGCAUACUUGAUACUCUACUCUUCACCGGAAAUUGACAUAUCAAUAUCUUACACGCCAAAGGGAAAGGUGUACAUCUUACAGGAUUAUUGCAUUUUAUCACGUACAGUUUUAAAUCUCAUUUGAGGGUCGAAAUAGUUAUAGAGUUUGUGUCAUCACGCUAAAGAUCUGCAUAGCGUCACAACAGCCACACAGCCUAUUCAGCAGCUAAUGAAGUUCAAAUAGUAAUUGGUUUCGACCUUCGGGGCGAAGCUGGCACAGUGAGGGUUCUAUGCUCCGACCCCUCGUUUCGAUACAUUCUUAAUCCUUCAACGAUUAUCAGACGACGACGAAUGCAAAUCUGUGAACCGAGCGUAUCAAUUAUUUUCAACCGGAGGUGAAUGCAAAACAAAAACACAUCGCGUGUCUAUGUUAUGAUGAUUUUUUUUUAAUUCCAUGACGACGAUGUAUUUCUAGAUUGUGUGAUCUAUACUGGUUACAAGUGGAGGUGAAAAUGUAUGUUAUUAAUUCUGUUUUGGUGCAUUCACGUUAAGGGAGGGUCGUGCUUGCCCUGAUAGAGAGAAAUUGAUAUUCUCUCACUUUCACCAAUUACACUAGUGUUCUCAGUUCAUUUUUCUACUAACGUGUACGACGAAUCUCGCUGUAUUCUUCGAUUUUGAAUGAAACCGCUUUCGCACCUUAAGUUGGAUUGCUUAUAUCGUGUUGAUAGUUGGGAUCUCCCCGUUUAAAGAGAGUUGCUUUCUGACAUCUUUUAAUGCGUCUGAAAGAGAACAAUGGAGGAUGUAGAUUCGAACUACACUCUGAUAUACUACCAAAACGACAACGACUCGUUCACGAACUCCGAUACGCCGUCGGAAGGUUAUACGAGGGGUGUUCUUUCCGUCAUCGGAAUCGUACUUGUUAUCAUUAUCUUCGCUACCAUCUUUGGAAAUAUCUUGGUUAUACUUUCACCGACCGUCAAUCGCAGGUUACGGAAUGUCACUAAUAUGUUUAUUGUGUCGCUUGCAGUCGCCGAUUUGUUGCUGGCAAUUCUUGUUCAACCGUUCAGUGGUCUGAUGGAGCUGCGCAACCAGAAAUGGGGUUUCGGGGCCAUAGUCUGCAAUCUCUACGUGUCUUUUGAUGUACAACUCUGCACUGCUUCCAUCCUCCACCUCUUUGCCAUCAGCAUCGAUCGGUAUAUCGCCAUCAGCGACCCCAUGAACUACCGGAAGCGCCUCGAUAGACGAAAAGCGGUGAUUACCAUCACCAUUGUUUGGGCAGUGUCCAUAUCAAUAUCAUUUUUACCAUUGCAUCUCGGUUGGAACACGGACUCGGGAGAGAUCCAGAACUUCGCGCAACCGGAAAAGUGUUAUCUCCACGCGAACACAUAUUUUGCUCUUUUGGACGGGCUCCUACUUUUCUACCUACCUCUGACAGUUAUGUGCUGUUUGUAUUUCCGCGUACUCAACAUUGCGCGCAACCAAGCGCGUAAGAUCAAUUCACAGACUGCACAUGUGUCAGCGCAGUACAACGGCAACGCCAAAUCCACGUCGCGCGAAGUCCUGAAAGCGCCGAAACCACGCGCUGGCGUGGAUGAACAUCGGGCUACUAAAAUGCUUGGCGUUAUCAUGGGGAGUUUCAUCAUCUGUUGGGUGCCAUAUUUUACCAUCUUUACUUUUAUUCCUUUGUGCAACUGCGAGGUUCCGCAGGCCUUGUCGUCGGUUGCUCUGUGGCUGGGGUACUUGAACAGCACGCUUAACCCCAUCCUGUACGCAGCACUCAACCGGGAAUUUCGGCGAGCGUUUCGGAAACUAUUGCGACUGAGACGUUUCAAAAGACACGAGGGCAACACGUAUAUCUCCCAUCUUGAGCUGUCCACGCCGCAUCUUAUGUCGGUCCAAGACGGUAAAUGCAGCGCCUCAGCAGGCAGGAGAGGAAAGAUGGGUAAUGGCAGUCCUACAGAUGUGGACUCACGGAAAAAUUCAAGGGAGAGUAGAUUAAGUAAUGUGUGCUUGAACGGUGUCAAUGGGCAAUAAUUCCACUUGGUCAAGAUCUCUAUUCAUUAUAAAAAUAUAUCGAUAUAUCGUGCUUACUGGUUGAAUGAAAAGUUAGUGAGAAAUAAUUGCACACUCAAUCUGUUUCCACUAAAACUCCAUAGUAUUCAUUCUCUUUCAAAAUUAUUACAUAUCAUUUAAGUAGAUCAGUCGUUAAACGCAGAUAAAGCAGCAAAUGUAUUCACUCAUGUAUGGAAUAAAAAAAAACAUUUAGUAAGUUAGCAGGUUAUUAAACGAAGACAGAAUUUCGAUUUUUAUACAUUAAGGAAUUAAGGGUGCAUUCAUGAGAAUUACAUAUUUUCAAAUCACUUAUUUUGACGAAAUGUAAAGUCUUGUCAUGCACAAAUUUUGAUAAAUUAUAUGCAUUGAUGAUUUCGGUAUUGCUUUAUGUAUAGAUUGACGUUUUGUGAAGCGAUGUUCAAAUCGGUAUAGACUUGUUAAGACAAAACAGUUAUGCAAUCAGUUUAAAAUAACUGUAUUCUUAGAAUGUAAAGUAAUGUGAAUUUGAAGUCCGUAGUUCAGUACUAAACAAAAUCGCAGACGUAAGCGUGAUACGAUUUAGACAAUUUUUACAUCAUGCUACAAAUUUCAGAUCUAUUUUUACAAGAUUCAUUUUUUAACCGAACGUUCUGGCUACCCUUUAAAGUCGCUUUGUUUUACGAAAUUACGUUGUCUGGCUCCAAGUAAAAAAAUGUGUGUGUGUAUCUUUAUGCUUGGUACCUUCAAGUCAAACCAUCAAAAAGAAUCUGCAAAUGUUCAGAAGUGUUUCUUUUAUUACACUCUUAAAAUGCCCAACUUUUAACCAACACUAGACAACUUACUGUCCACACAACUAUUGAUUAAAAUCUGCCCAAAUUCGGUAAUAAAAAUUAAUAAUUUGAUAAUAAAAUUGCUCACUUGGAUAAUAAUUGCCUAGAAUAUAUACUGUAUAUACAUUUUGACUAACAAACAUUACCCAACACAGUGGACAGUAUGUUGCCCAACAUUUUAAGUGUAUACCCUGUAUUUUUCUCUGCAUGUGUAAUGUCAGCCCUAUUAAAGAGUUGGUUAUAAGCAAUUUCUUUCACAUUUACACCCCAGCGGCAAUUAUAAAUCAUGUUGAAGUGUCCUGUUUUCAAGAGCUACUUAUACAGAACCUCAUGUAACUGUCUUAUAAUCCACAAUUGAAUUGUUUUUAAGAAUAGUCUCCUUGAAGAGUGGCCAUGCGUAAAGUUCUGGCUACCCUCUGAGCUGUUAUCUUUGGUUCUGUCUAUUUCUUUAUAGUCAACAGCAAAUCCCAUCGGCAAUUCAUGACAACCCGCCAUCAUUCAAGUUUGUUUGGUAAUCAAAUAUAACUUACAUGUCAUAAGAGGCAAUUUCAAUUUAAAUUCUCCUUGUCAAAAUGUUAGUUUAGAUUAAGGCGUCUUUUUGUAAGUCCUUUAUAAGUUGCGAUUUGAGAGUCAAACUCCGUCACCAGCAAUGGGAGAUGAGAUUCAAUAAGUCAAUCGAGGGAUAUUUUUUUGGGGCAGGGGAUCUGUGUGUCAAGAUACCGUCAAGGCACCUGAUGGUUAACCUAAUUGUGCAGCUCUUCUUCUUUUUCAACCUCCAUCCCGGGCGUUAUCCUCCCACCAGCGAACACUGCUUUGAGCAGCCGCUGCACCUGCUCCGCGCGACAUUCAUUUUCCGUCUUAUAACCUCAAGACGAACAUUCUGCUGCGAGGCAGUAGGACGUUAAGUCGUAACAUUUUGAGUAAUGAACCGCUUGGUUGUGGGCCCUUUAGCUUAUCUCUAAAGAGUUCGGCACUAAAAGCUACUCAUUAGCUUAUAAAAUCAGACGUUUGUAUGAGAUAAUUUAUAUCAAAAACGUUUGGUGAGUAAUUUUGAUAUAUAGUUUUCGGUUCACUAGGACUUGGGUGGGUUCCAUUGCUUGACAUAGAACGUAUUUACUUGACAAAUUACUUUUUCCUUAUCUGACUUAAACUGUGCCACUUUGCUUGUCAUUGAUCUUGUUAGCAUGACAAAGCAUUGACAAAGAACUGCUAGUUCGUGACAAUUACUGAGUAAACUACUUGACUUCGGUCUGUAGCUGCGUCGUUUGCUUGACGAGUGACAACGUCAUUUACUUGACAGAGACCAUAUUUCUUGACGAAAUGUGUAGUGUCAUAGCCUCGACCUGUGGGACUUUGUUAAUUUUGUUCAAAUAUCACAGUGACAGUUGCCGUUCUGAGACCGGCGUCAUUUGACAUGACAUUUGCUUGACGUAAAAGCUAGUAAUAUUGUAGAGAAAGGAGUGCGUCAUUUCCCCCGACAUAGAACCGUAGGUCAGGAAAAUUUAGUCAGAAACAGAGUCUGACCUUUCUUUUUAAUAAUGUGAUUUUAAUUUCCAGACAUAAUUUUAAUCUCGAUUAAAAAAAAAUACACACAUGCCCUACUUGUUUCUGGGUGAUUAUUUUAUUCAUUUCAAGAUAGUCAAUGACCGAGAAAAGUGAAUGAAAUCUUUUUCUAGAACAGCAGCAUUAUAACGUAGCCUGCAAAAAAAAAAAGAGUCAACGUAAAUCUGAUUUUUUUGAACAAGUAUGGUAAUGAUAUGGCAUUCCCACGGGGAUAGAAUACAAAUGUGCUGAAGCAUCGUAUAAUUAUAAUGCAUAUUUUCAGUCAAAACAGGCUGUUACACAAUUAGACUUGCCUCGUGUCAAAUAUUCACGAGGAUAAUUGAAGAAUAAUUUGAACUCAAUAUCGAAACUGUGCCAAUGGACCUUGGCCAGUGGUAUGACUCGCAGGUUGCAUUUAGAAAUUAAUCUGACUCCCAAAUUGAUUGAAAAAGUAGUUCAUAAUCACAAAAAAUAGACAAGUAUUUCCGGGUGUGUCUUUCGGGCAUUGAGGAGAAAAAGGGAUUGUCAGUGGGUGAAUUGAGCCACUUGGAAACGAUUGUUUUUGAGAAUAUACAUAGUGAAAUACUGCGUAAAUAAAAUUCGACACUACUUUGUUUUUCGUAUAAAACUUCAGAAGGCUACAAUUUUGUUAAAGGACUGACUGACAGACUCUCAGAACAGAACGACGGCUGAAAUAAAACCUAGGGUAUGUUAAAAAAUACUAACCCGGCAGUGUAUUAGCUUGUGCUCGGUUCCGUAAACAUGUAUAAAAAAUGUUGGAUGAAUAAAGAGAAUACAUCGAAUCUGUUGGUUUGUAACCCAAUGCCUUGCAUAAUUUAAGUAGUUAUUUUGAUAGAAUUUUCUUGAUAAACAGAUAAAGUCGAAAUCUGAUAACUUGGUAAUAUUUACGAGGUAUAAUGAAGAACAGCCACGUAGUUACGUCUUACUAGAGGACAUGAAUGUAUUAUAAGACUAUAUUUUCAAAAUGUUACAUCGUGAAGUAAAAGGAACCAUGGACUGAUUAUAGUAGUUUAUUUCCUGUUCUGAUGCUAUACAAAGCGUCCAUGGGACUUUGGGCUCAACUACCCGAAUCCUUCUCUAUUUUAUCUGUCGUAGUUUUUCGAACAAAAUGGACCCGAUACAGCUCUGAUAAAGAGACGAAUGCUAGGUGCUCAUUCUUACUCACUUUAGACUGAACUCUGCCACCCCCUUUAAUUUUUUGUUUUACAUGGACCACCCGAUUCCGGUAAGCAACGAGGGUAAUGCUACAGUUAUACCAACUAAACAAACUCCAAACCGACCGAUGGUAUGUCAUUGGUAAUAACGUAAUAGCUUUGAUCGGUCUGAAGUCGGUUUCACAUGUGUGACUGCAUCAAAACUUUAAAGUGCAUCAUGAACUUGAAAUAAACAUCCAUGUUGUUCCUUCUUAAAUAACCAAACACACUUGUAUUUCCGUUUAUUCGUGUUCAGGAAAUGGGUGAACCUCUUCCAAAGAGAGUAGAGUAGAAAUCGAUGUCCAAAUAGAACGUCAUCAUUUAGGAAAGCCAUUAAAAAGCAAAGGAUGACAAACUCCUUGACCAGCGAGCACGUACCGUACUUCCCUUAUUACACUUUAUUGUGUUUUCUGGACAAUUAUUUCAGAAUGACGAUGCGGAAAAUUGGCGCCAACGAAGCAGAAGAAUGCAAAGGCUUUCCGUGUUUCCUUGGGGUGCUUCGUUCACGCUUGUUUGACAUCAUAGACUGACCAAGACUGAUGCCCAUUAUACGACGGCAAUGCCGAUGACAAUUUACGAAGACGACCCUUGACUCGAUUCGACAUCGACGAAGUCCCGAAUGACGUCAUUAUUUCCGUUUCUGUUUCUCCAAUUUACUUUCCAAUAUUCAAUGAUAUUUGGUGGGUUUUUUUUUCUAGUUAGGACCUUGCAUAUCUCAAGAAAUUCCAAUAGUCAUAUUUCUGGAUUUUAAUACAAGUACAUUCACGACAGUCUUGCAUUAGACAUUUAGUUUUUGUUUGGUAAUCUUCCAGAUUUUAUCACGAGGUGAUGUCUUUUUUUCUAUGACAAAUCUUCAUUAAUAAUGGUGCUUCGGGUGAAACGAAUACAAUAAUCUAAUAAGAAGCUUAUUUAUUAUUGGAACAUCAAAUUGAAAGAUUUUCGACGCGUAAUGGUAGGUAAGAUUUAAGCAAUAGACUAAAUGAAGUGAAUAUCCUGCUUAGAACAUCACUUAAUAUUGUUAAGUUCCAGAAAACAAGAGCGACGAUGGGAGCUAUAGUAAUAGCAAACUUUAAGCGACGGUCACAGCAACGAUACGGAUUCCAAACCAACAUUACUGAUUAUCUAUUACGUUAUUAGCAAUAAAGAUGAUCGGUCUGUUUCGUUCGAUCCGCUGAUGUGACUGUUUAGCAUUAGCGAGGACCUUGUGGUGUUACUUGCCUUUUAAUCGAGUCCUUUACCUUUAGAUUCCAUAUCAAAUGUUAUCUUGUCCUUUUUUACUUCUAUUUUAGGAAAACGUUGUUUUUCACCGCCAUCCAACGGUGCCUCACUCGUCCUCGAAUUACCGAACAAUUCCCCGUCUCCUUUAAGAUCUGAUUUGAAUAAUCUUCCACCCCUGACCCGAUCGAUCCGUUUUGAAAUGGCUGUCAGAAGCGGGGAAUCAGGGAUGAAUUUUCAGUGAGGAAUUGUAGACGGGUAAAGAAGGGAGGCCACAUGAACAGACCAGGGGUGGAUGGGAGAAACAUACUAAUUGUUAAAGUCACACCAGCGAAAUCGACCCCAAGCCAAUCGAUGAUAAUUAUAGCCUUACAAUUACGUAAUGGCUUUGAUCGGUCAAGAGUCUGUUUGGUUCGUGUGGCUGGGGAUCGUGGCUCCCCAGGGAGAUUGUGAAGAUAGAAGACCGGGCUAGUGCCCCGAUUUGAAAUAAUAAAUUCAAAUCAAUUCACCUGGAGAUUGUUCUAAAUUCCUAUCUUCUAACAAGACAAUUUGGAAUCUUGGUAACAUGUGAAUUAAAUCCAUCGAAAUUCUUUGCAAGUAGGGCUCAGAUCGGAUUCCGAGAUGUAUUCACCUCUCAAUCUAAACUCUAUCAUCAAUGCGCAGUGUUUAAUUUGAUUUUUAAAGGGGGAAUCGAAAGUAUAAACGUUAAAAAAAAAUGAUGAUACGCUGCUCAACUCCCAUGUAUUUUUUAUAAUUAUCUUGCACACCCUCACGAACAUUUUAUCAAUUUGUCCUACCCAUAAUUUGGUAUUUUUCGUGAUGUCCUUAAUAGCAUAAACAACCCCCACUCAUUUGUGGUGCCCCCAUCAACCGAGAAUUCUCGGGCUACGCCCAAUGGAUUUAGGGGGCUCUUAUUCGAACUUAUUCCAGAGCACGGAUUUAUGCAAAGUGCAGGGCGAUGGAAAAGAUGAGGAGAUGCGAGAUCGAUCAAGCGAAAAUCACCAAAUCCCGCGUUUUCCCGCGUUCCCGCUCUUAUGUAGUAGUCUGAAGAUAGAGACUCGCAAAAAACAUGCGGGCUCGUCGCCGAAAGUUGGAAUUUCUUUACAAGCUCUCAAGAAAAUUCAGUUUAAGCUUAUGAAGGUGUAAAGGGUAUAUUUAAAGAUUAUUACAAAUACAAACACUGGGCACUUAUCAAAAGCUGUGGGCUAUGAGAGGUUGAAAUAAAAUGUUUAUGAAAAUAGUAUUCAGGAAGCAAGUUUGAAGGAGACGACAGUUAAUUAUUCAGACCGUUGCAACGCGUUGUAGUAAAAGUCGGAAAUAUGGCGGACGUGAAAAUCGGCCCAACGCCAACACUUGGCUGUCACCGCCAAACUUUGGACCAUUUAGCUGACAGCUUGUCUAAUUCAUCAAUUUAAUUUCAUUUGUGUUCUGGUAUUCACUCUAAACAUAUCAAAUGUAUUUUUUUAAUACAUGUAUGUCAUACUAGUGAAAUGAAUCAUCUGCGUAAUUAUGAUUGAUAUAGCUGGUACAUUUUGGAAAUCAUUAGAACUCUUAAAAUAAAAAAGAAACAUUACCAACGAUUUGUUAUAGUAUCUAAGGACGACAAGUAUUCAAGUGUUGUUUUUUUUCGUGAUUUCUCAAUAUCAAUUUUAAUCACAACAACAGAACCGAAUUUAGACCGAUCAAAAAUAUACAUUAUUUCGAGUGCCAAUCAAUCAUUUAAAGUCGGUUCUUUUGGUGUGAUUGCAGCGUUGGGGAGAAACUUUCAGAAAAAAAAUACCUGAACAUUACAUGUAUUCAUCAAGGUCUACUUUCUUCAUGAUACCUUUCCCUAUGUAGUCCUAUAGGGUGUAUCAGAAGAAACUUAUUCAAUACAUUCAAACUCAAAGCAGAUUGCAUUGAUAUCAAAACAGACUAGACAGACUAGAUGUAAUUUACCAUCAUCAUCAUCAGUGGCGUAAUGAACCAAAAAUGUUGAGGGGGUUAGAUAUGGCGUAUUGGGCAAAAUGUAUUUAUUAAAAAAAACAAUGCGAGCGAGCAAAAAUCUCGACAUUUUUAUCACAGAAAUCAAAUUUUGCGAGAAAUUUUGACAUGAUAUUCAGAAAAUGAUAUUACAUCCUUCUCUCUUUCCUUUUCUUUUCUGUUUUUUUUUCUUGGUCGUUACUUUUUAUGGUUAGGGCAAACGCCCCAAAGCCCCACCCCCACCUUAACGCUACUGAUCAUCAUCACCAUUACCAUCAUCAUCAUCAUCAUCAUCAUUACCAUCAUCAUCACCAUCAUCAUCACAAUCAUCAUUUUCAUCAUCAUCAUCAUUACAAUCAUCAUUAUCAUCAACAUCACCAUCAUCAUCAUCAAAGAAUUGUAGUCAUCACUUUACCAAUGGCAAGAUGCCAACUUUGGGAUAUAACGCUAACAAAAACACACAAAAAGUGAAUGAUGCAUUAUGGUUAAAACUAUUUUUUAUCAACACUGACUCUGACUUCUACAAGUACUGCCGACUUGAUCAAUAAAUGGGGUAAAAUGCUAGCUUUCACUGAUUACAUAGUUUCUCUCAAAUUGCACAAAUUAAUCACCAUUCAUUUUCACGAAAGUUCGUUAAUGCGUGUCGCGAUUGCAAUAAAACCAUUAGCAAUUGAUUUCGGUAUCAAUCGAGGAUCGCAUUUCAUGAGGCUUUAAAGUGCAUGACUGUGUUGACUAAACUCGUGAGUUCACGAAGUUAGGGAGAGGAUAAAAUAUGUUCAUUUGCCAUGUUUGCCACUAUUCUAACAAGUAACAGGAAUUGCCUAUUUUAUUGGUCUUCUCCCCAUUUCGUGUCAUCCCAGAUGGUCUAAUCCUAGUUCGUCUACUACUAGUUCGUCUACCAACCAUUUGGUCAGACUGCCAUUUAGCUCAUAUACCAUUUAGUCAUAUUUCCAGUUAGGCUAUGCCCAUUUCGUCUAAUAUUCACUUGGUCUCACACCAAUUAUUCUACGUGAUUAGAUGAACUCUUCAUUAACCAAAUUUUCAUAUGGGGGGGGGGGGUGGGUUGGCUUCAGCCGCCCCCAUUUUUGUCUCACCUGCAUAGCAGAGUGAGACUAUAGGCGCCGCUUUUCCGGCGGCGCGGCGUUGGCGGCGUCAACACCAAAUCUUAACCGAAGGUUAAGUUUUUGAAAUGUCAUCAUAACUUAGAAAAUAUGUAGACCAAGUUCAUGGAACUUGAACAUAAGGUUAUUCAAGUAUUACUGAACAUCCUGCCUGAGUUUCAAGUCACAUGACCAAUGUCAAAGGUCAUUUAGGGUCAAUGAACUUUGGCCCAGUUGGGGGAUAUCUGUUGAAUUACUAUCAUAACUUUGAAAGUUUAUGGAUCUGAUUCAUGAAACUUGGACAUAUUAAGAGUAAUCAAGUAUCACUGAAAAUCCUGUGCAAGUUUCAGGUCACAUGAUCAAGGUCAAAGGUCAUUAAAGGUCAAUGAACUUUGGCCAAGUUGGGGGUAUUUGUUGAAUUACCAAUUUCAUAACUUUGAAAGUUUAUUGGUCUAGUUCAUAAAACUUGGACAUAAGAAUAAUCAAGUAUCACUGAACAUCCUUUGCGAGUUUCAGGUCACAUGACCACAGUCAAAGGUCAUUUAAGGUCAUUGAACUUUGGCCAUUUUGGAGAUGAUUAUUAGAUUGCUGUCAUAACUUUCAAAGAUUAUAUAUUCAGUUUAUAAAAUGUGGAUAUAGGGGUAAUCAAGUAUCACUGACAAGUCUGAGGUCACAUGAUCAAUGUCAAAUGUCAUUUAUUGUCAGUGAACGUAGUAUUGUAUCAUUAUAUGAAUGGUGCUUUUUGUGAAUAACUAUUUUGUAGUAGUUUUUAAAGUCAGCACUGCUGCUAUAUUGAAUCGCGUGAUGCAGGUGAAGAUGCCAGAGGCGCUCCACUUGUUUGUUUUUUUUGCCUACCUACAAGGUCUAGUCCGAGUUCGUCUACAAACAGUUCGUCUACUAACCAUUUGGUCUAAUCGUCAUUUCGUCCAUUUACCAUUUUCUCUAAUUUCAAGUUAGGCUAUUCCCAUUUCGUCUAAUAAACACUUGGUCUAUCACCAAUUAGUAUAUAUGAUUAGAGGAACUUUUCAUGGACCAAAUAUUCAUUUCAUAAAAAGUGACAAUUACUAAGUAGACGAAUUGAAAUUAGAAUACUGGCAAUAGUAAUAACUUUGUAUUGUUGCGACUUAACUUCUCAAUUUGCGACCCUGUACUCCUGUCAUUCGUUUCAGAUUACUGCAACAUGGAGUGAUGUGAUUGAAUUUAUAGUGGAAGAGUAAGGAGAAAGAUCAAAAUACAACAUUAUCUAUUACAGAAGACGUUCACGAUCGACAUGAGGUAAAUUACGAUCAAUCAGAAUGACGCGUAUAGGCCCGAUGCUUUGCGAUUGAUUGACGAGCUAUAGCAAAAAACAGAUUCUGUGCGCAAAAUCUAUUCAUAUGCCGAACUGGAUUUUGAUUGUCAAAUGACAACUUGGAGGGAAUAUGGCAUGACAAAAUGUCCCUUAAAAUAGAAUGAUUUUCACUCCCUUAUCGUUCCAUCUGGCCUGUUUGUCAAAAAUGUGUGUUAAAAUGGUUUCGUUAAUUCUCAUUCUUAAUUUCUUUACUUGCUCAUUUCCAUUCAUUAAUCUAUAAUUUAUAGUAUUGUAGUAUUGUUUUAUUACUAUUAUUAUUAUACCAUUUUUUUGUUCAUAACUUCUGUUAUACCCCCUAAAUUUAACGAUUAUUCCUUGGUGUAACUGGCUAUUUAUCACAGACAACUUAUUUCUUUGAUGCCAAGGCUUUUAAAUCCGUCGAUAUCUAUAGUUCGCAUCUAUGCUGUAAGUGGGUAGACUUAAAGUAUAAUUUUACAUUUUUUUUCGCGAUGGUGGUCUUGGGGGCUAGUUAUCAAUGCGCUCAUAUGUUGGGAAUCAACAACUGAAAUAACUUUGCCAUUUUGAUAUUUUUAUCUGAUCUUCAAAAUAGUAUUGGUGUUCAAACAUUUGUCUUGAAUUUGAAAGGAUUGGAAAUCCCGUGGGAUUAAACAGUAGCUGUUACAUGGUGCUUAUAUUACAGAAUGACUACAUUAAUGACUACAUUUUACAUAUUAUAUUGCAAGGCGUAAUUUCUUUUUCUUGUAGCUAGGCCAUGCUAAAUAGAAAAAACGAAGGUUUUCAUUAAGUACAAAUCUUUGUGUAGGAUAACAUUAAACCCUGCAUGUCGCCCUGAGAGAAUUUUAUUUAGAUAUGACGAAAACUAUACAUGCUUUUCUAAUUGGUGUACUUGUGCAUUGUUGUACAGAGAUUGUAGAACGCUAUAAGAUGACCCACUUUAUGCAGAGUUGUAUAUAUUUGCUACUAAUAUUUCUCAAGGGAAUGAAUAAAGAGAGUAAUCACUUGUGUCUAUUAUUA